GGUUGUCCUCGCCACCCAUUUCCAACCAAGAACCCCUCACCCCACGCUAGUCCACCCAUCUUCCUGGAGGCUCCGGACCCACCUGCCCUCCCACAGCGGUUUGGUCUGUGUUUGAGAGUUGCCGGGACAACAGCCACUUCGGGGGAGGGACUCCGCGGAUCCUCGUUUCCCCUGGCAGCGGCUGCUUCCGGGAGUGGAUUGCCGGGUUUUCAUGCUCCUCGCUUCCCCACCCUAGGGCUCGGACCUAGAGGCAGUGGAUCCUCAGACUCUGUGUUGAACUGUUGCUCCUGGCAACAGCCACUUCCGAGAGCGAGUGCCUGUAGCGCGGGGUCUGGAAAUUCUGGUUCCGGCCUCUGAGCAGCGGUUGGUCGGUCGCUGCUGUUAGCCGGUCGGGGUAGCCUCGUUGGGCCGGGCCCGCGGGCGGCACAUCCCGGGUCUCCUCGCCGCCUCGGCGGGGCCUCCUCCGGCCGCCAUGGUUCUGCUGCACGUGAAGCGCGGCGACGAGAGCCAGUUCCUGCUGCAGGCGCCGGGGAGCAUCGAGCUGGAGGAGCUCACGGUGCAGGUGACCCGGGUCUACAACGGGCGGCUCAAGGUGCAGCGCCUCUGCACAGAAAUGGAAGAAUUAGCAGAACAUGGCAUAUUUCUGCCUCCUAAUAUGCAAGGACUGACUGAUGACCAGAUCGAGGACUUGAAAUUAAAGGAUGAAUGGGGUGAAAAGUGUGUGCCCAGUGGGGGGUCAAUAUUUAAAAAAGAUGAUAUUGGACGAAGGAAUGGGCAAGCUCCAAAUGAAAAAAUGAAGCAAGUUUUGAAGAAGACUGUAGAAGAAGCCAAAGCAAUCAUAUCCAAGAAACAAGUGGAAGCUGGUGUCUGUGUUACGCUGGAGAUGGUGAAGGAUGCCUUGGAUCAGCUUCGAGGGGCCGUGAUGAUCGUUUACCCGAUGGGAUUGCCGCCAUAUGACCCCAUCCGAAUGGAAUUUGAAAACAAAGAAGAUUUGUCAGGAACCCAGGCAGGACUCGAAGUCAUUCAAGAAGCAGAGGCACAACUGUGGUGGGCAGCCAAGGAGUUGAGAAGAACAAAGAAGCUUUCCGAGUAUGUGGGGAAAAAUGACAAAACCAAAAUUAUCGUCAAGAUUCAGCAAAGGGGACAAGGAGCUCCAGCCCGAGAACCUAUUAUUAGCAGCGAGGAGCAGAAACAGCUGAUGCUGUAUUAUCACAGAAGGCAGGAGGAACUCAAGAAAUUGGAAGAAAAUGAUGACGACUCCUGUUUAAAUUCUCCGUGGGCAGAUAACACUGCUUUGAAAAGACAUUUUCAUGGUGUGAAGGACAUAAAAUGGAGACCAAAAUGAAGUGCACCAUUGAUUAAGCUCCUAAAAUUAUUAACUCACCUUUAUUUUGGGCAAAAUAAUUAUAAUAUUAAUAAUAAUAAUACCCACUAGCCUCUAUGAAAGAUGUUUACAUUUCUAGUUUUCCUAGUUUUUCUUUUAGUUUUAAUUUUUAAAAUGAAGGUUAUUUGAAGUCUUAGGACUCAAUAAAUACAAAAGAAUCUGCCCAAAUUAUUUUUAUUUCAGGAUAACUUUAAUAUUUGAGGUUCUUCUUUGAUAAAAUAUUAAAAACGAAGUUGCAGUCUUA